CCUACCACCCCCGACAUAUCAUCACAUCACAUCACAUCACAUCACCAAGAACAAGAACAAAACUACAACGUGUCCCGAAAUCGGUUCAUUUCAUCCCUCUUCACCAUCACAUUUCUCAAAUUUCUCAACAUGUUACAAGUAAAGCUCUUCUUCUUUUCCUAUUCCAAAAUUUGAGUUCAAAAACUCAAAUAUCAUCCCUUCAAGAUCAAAAUUCCAACCCGAGUCUCAACCAUGAAUCGUCGUAUCGUCGUAUUUUCUGGCGGAAGUGCCGCCAACAGUCUCGUGGAUGUAUUUGGGAAAGUCGCUGAAGAUAGGGCUUGUUCUUUGAGUUAGUAAGUGCAAAUUCACCUUAAUCAGAAGAUAUAUGAUGAACUCGAGGUUAAUCUUCUUCAGUAUCAUCCCUAUUAGUGAUAAUGGAGGCUCUUCUUCUGAACUUAUUCGAGUCUUUGGUGGUCCUGGUAUUGGUGAUGUGAGAAGUAUGUUAUUACUUCAUAUCCUUCGAUUGAACUGUGUCUUAGAGCUAUUUGGGGACAAGUCGGCCCUUAUCAAAUCCUCCAAGACUUCAAGAUGACCCCUAUGUAUGGGGAUGGAUUUGGUCACGUGCUACAUAUCUCGAGCAGUCGCGUUGUCAAUUUAUCGAGCUCAUGACAACCACACAAUGCUAGCUACCUACCAAACAAAAACUAACCGCCUUCGUAGGUAGACUAGUCCGUCUCAUCCCAGAAGACCCAAUCGGAGCCAACACCGAGAAAUCUGCUCUAAAAACCUUCUUCAACCAUCGUCUCGACCCUUCACCCCAAGAAGCCAAACAUGAAUGGCUAGCCAUAGUUGAAGGCCACUCUCCAUUAUGGAGUGAAAUUACCUCUGCGAAGCGGGAAUUAAUCCGAUCCUUUCUCAAUACUAUCAAUCUCGAGAUAGUCAAGCGAGCUCGUCCUACCUCUGUCUUCAAUUUUCAAUCAGCCUCUGUUGGCAAUUUGUUCUUGACAGGUGCUCGUAUCUUCACGGGAAGUUUUGAGGCGGCAAUUUACCUUUUAGGUAGCAUUACUGGUGUGAAAGACAAUGUUGAGGUGAUUCCUGCUAUUAACAGUAACUUUUCAUAUCAUAUAUCAGCAGGAUUACGAGAUGGUAGGACAUCCACGAAAUCUCCGUCAGGCAAUGCAGUCUCUAACACAAAUUCACAUUCAGGUACAAUAAUCGUAGGACAAAACAAUAUUUCCCAUCCCAUAGCCCCAACCUUCGUACCCACCCAACCCGUUAGCCCAGCCACAUGGAACAAACGACAAUCCAUCGACCUCCUAGAACACGACAGAAUCGAAGACGCCAACCUCCCCGGCUCUCUUCCCACACUCCGUAAACAAAAUAUAGAUUUCCAAAAAUCACACACCGAGGAACUUUCCUCCCCAAUCGAACGAAUCUGGUACAUCAAUCCAUACGGCCAAGAAAUCCGACCCGCGCCUAAUACUAAAGUCUUAGAAGCCUUGAACGAUGCCAGUUGUGUUAUAUAUAGUAUCGGUUCACUCUACACAUCUAUUCUGCCCUGUCUCGUUCUGAGGGAUGUAGGCAAUGCGAUUGCAGACCCGCGAAUUAAAUUCAAAGUUCUUAUAUUAAACGGAUGUUUAGAUCGUGAGACUCCAGGAUACACGGCACGAGAUUUCAUAGAGGCGAUUGUUCGCGGAUGUUGUGGAAAUGGAAAAGAAGAAGAUCACGAACAUAAGAUACCAGAAGAAGAAUGGAAAAAAUACAUCACCCACGUAGUAUAUCUAGAAGGGCCAGGUACACCAGCUGUAGAUAGAACGGAGUUGAAGAAAUUGGGCAUUGAAGCUGUGAGGGUUUAUGGAAGGAGAGCUGAACCUGAAGUUGCGGGUGCGGGUGUUAUUUUGAAGAAUCCCUUGAUUGAUGCCGUCAAGAGUGUAGAUGACAUGGGUCAGGGAAAUAUUGCGAAUGGAAAUGGUAAUGGGCAUGGGAACGGGAAUGGGAAUGGGAACGAGAAUGGGAAUGGAAAUGUGAGUCGUGAGGAUAUUAUAAGCGCGAUAGGUAAAGAUGAAACUGCGGGUAUGCGAUAUGAUGGUGUUGGUUUGGAACAGGCUCUCAAUGCUAUUUUUGGAGGAAAGGCAGAGAAGGCGAGGAGAUAUACUUAUCUUGGUUGAUGGUUAAUAGUCGAUGGUUGGAGUUGAUGAUUGAUGGUUUAUUUGUUUGUUAAGUGAGUGAUUGAGUGGUGCUUAAGAGUAGAGUAGUCAUUAUAGACGGAUUAGAGAAGAGAGUAGGUUUUCUUUUUAUCACAUGGAUGAUGGUAUUCUUAUUUUGAAACUUUGAAAUAUAUUUAUGUAAGAUC